AUGGUGCUAGGACCAAAGCCCACGAAGGCGUGCGUCAACUGCCGGCGCCUGAAGAUGAAAUGUGAAGUAUCAGGGCUCCCGCCAUGCCGGAGGUGUCGACAGAGCAACAACACCUGCAUAUUCAAGCCUCGAGCAAAUGCCUCUGCAGUCCAUGGGCCUCUAGAAGAACCUCAGGACUAUAACUCUACUUCAAGUAUUGCCAUGCAACAUCAGCAGUCUGUUCUUGAUCGACUCGACAGAAUUGAGAAGGCUCUGGGUAUCAAUUUGGAAGGUACAGAGAGCCCUCGCAGGCUGCUGGAGUUAUCGAUAGACGAGAAAGAUGAGCAAUCUCCGAGUCUCCACAUGAAAGAGGUUUGGGCCUCGACUGCUCAUCUCAGACAUAUUACCUUCCCUAAACAAGAUGACAAAAUUUGGGCUCGACCAAUCGUCAAACGCCUCUGGAACUCAUUCCUUAACAAUCUCCCGCUCCUGCAUUUUCUGAAAGACAAAGACAUUUUUGCUGCACCUACACCUCUCUUGCUUGCCUCGGUCCUCUAUAUUGCGGCACUCAAUCAUAAGUCGGCAGAGUUAGUGUCACUGGCGCCUGGCUACUUUGCUGCGAUUUACUGUGCGAUAACGGAGCUCAUAUGCCCUCCGCCCAUCGCCCAAAACAUAACCACGUCAGUUAUACCAGAACAAGGAAAGCCUAUCCAUGAUAUUUUGGGUCUCAUCAUGGCAAGCCUGAGUUCCGAAGGUUACAUCCAUACAACCGGGUCAUGGAUUGCGACUGGCUAUCGGUUGUGGCUCGAUAGUUGCCCACGAGAUCUAGAAUCUUCGUCGUCUGACUGGCGUGGAUUGUGGUCUGGUCUUCAAGUUAUUGACAUUGAACACGCCUCUAUACAUAUGUCAUACCCUUUACUCCCCCGCCAGCCGCCGAUCGAAGCAAUCAGAAACUUGAAUGCGAGACAAGGCAAUGCUUACCAAGGCUUGGCGGAGAUGAUGCAUUUUGGACUGAACCACUUUGUAGGAAGAGGCUUACCGACAAUUUGGGACUCUAUCAAUGCCGACGUAUCGCAUACAGUUUUAAGCGUGCGCAGCGCAUUCACAGAGGAGGACUCGGAAGUGAUUCGGCUAUGGGCACGGAAGCUUGAUGACUGGUUAGUGCGGUAUAAUGGGACAUCUCAACCAACUCCGUCGGACCGGCAGGGAAUCUUGAUCCUUCUACAAUAUCAUCUGCACAAGCUAUAUGUUCUAUCUAUUUACCAUCCUGCUCGGGGGUUCGAUAUAAGCUCGGCAAAUAUCACUCCUGUAGAAAGGCACGAGCUUCUAGUGUCAGCUCGGGCAGUACUGCGACUGAGAGAGGAUGACGCUAGUAUCUGGUCCAAUUGGGAUCUUAUAAUGAUAACGUGGGCGGCUGUUCUACUUCUACGAGGCAUAGAAGAUGGAAUGACACACCAAGAUGAUUUACACUUAAUCCGAGGCCAUUUACAAAGCCUGGAGCGGAGCCACCCAUCAACGGCCAGUAUCCACACUGUUCUAUUUCAGCGCUUGGAUUCCAGCAUGCAAUCCAUGCACACCCCGCCAGGUACAAAUGCAGAAGUGAUGUUACCAGGCCCCGAUGCAGAUGACUCGUGGACAAUAUUUGACCAGGAGAUCAUGGCAUUGGCGAACCCACCAUGGUUAUAUGAGGAGGCGGCCCCGUUUCAACGGACGGACAAUGAUACUGGGCUUCUGGUCGAAGCCGGGCAGAACUUUACCGCAGGUAUAGCUUGGACUCGGACAGGAUAG